AUGAGCUCCAACAUUCGACCUGAUGACAAAAAGAACCGCAGCAGUGGACCCAGACAAAGAGAACGAGCCCUGAAAACGGCAGCAUUUGAUUGUGCAUCUAUUAUCGAGGUCAACCUGCGUAACCAGAAACGUUUGGCCGCUUCCGUUCUCAACUGCGGCAAGAGAAAGAUUUGGCUUGAUCCCAAUGAAGUCAACGAGAUCUCCAACGCCAACUCCCGUGCCAACAUCCGUAAGCUUGUCAAGGAUGGUUUGAUCAUUCGCAAGCCCGAAAUUAGCCAAUCUCGUUUCCGUGUCCGUGAGCGUGCUGCUGCUAAGCGUCUUGGUCGUCACAUGGGUCUUGGUAAGCGUAAGGGUACUGCCAAUGCUCGUAUGUCCCAACAAGUCCUCUGGAUGCGUCGCAUGCGUGUUCUUCGUCGUCUUUUGCGCAAGUAUCGUGAAUCUGGCAAGAUCGACAAGCACUUGUACCACUCCCUCUACCUCAAGGCCAAGGGUAACGGUUUCAAGAACAAGCGUGUCUUGAUGGAACACAUUCACAAGGCCAAGGCCGAGAAGCUUAGAGCCAAGACUCUCGCUGAACAAGCUGAAGUCCUCCGUGCUAAGAACAAGGCUCUCCGUGAACGUCGCAAGCAACGUGCUGAAGCCAAGACUGCUGCUGGUGAACAGUAA